AUGCCGCCAAACAACGCCUUGUACGUACUUGUUAAAGCUAGCCACUUCAUGGUCUUUGCAUCUGCUACAAUUGUGACCGGCAUACUUGGCUGGUUCCUACACCGCACAUCUGCGCAGAAUACUCAUGUCAUAUUUCAAGAAACUGUGGCUGCCGUGACCGUUCCGGCUUAUCUAGGUCACCUUGUCUUUGCCCAGGUUGAUUCUUAUUACGAGCAGAGUUUGAUGGUCGGUUUGGCCUUUUCCUACUUGUGGCUCACGUCCUUUAUUUUUGCGGCCCAAGAUUGGACAGGCGGCCGAUGUGCCAGCGCCUUCCCCAGAGGCAGUAGCUGUAGUCAAAAGAAGGCUGUCGUUGCGUUUGACUUUCUUGCUUUCUUCUUCCUUGUCUUUGGCAUGCUUAUCAAAGGCUACUUGAAAUAUACGCAAAACAAGAAGAAUAGAACACAAAGACGGGAAUAUACAGACGGGGUUAUAAGUACAAGCGAGAAUGCCAUGAGGAGUGCGUAG